AUUCGGCUGGGAUCGUACGUGAUAGACUCCUGGUAUAUUUCACCCUAUCCUGAUGAGUAUAGCCGCCACCCAUUGUUGUAUAUUUGCGAGUUUUGUCUCAAGUACAUGAAGAGCGAGUACACCUACCAAAGGCACUGUAUGAAGUGCCAAUUGCGGCAUCCACCUGGAGACGAAAUCUACCGCGACGGCGGAAUAUCAGUGUUCGAAGUGGACGGACGCAAGAACAAAAUAUACUGCCAAAACCUAUGUCUCAUCGGCAAAAUGUUUUUAGACACGAAAACAUUGUAUUACGACGUGGAGCCGUUUCUAUUUUACAUAUUGUGCGAGUACGAUGCCGGCACCGGGUAUCAUUUUGCCGGGUAUUAUUCCAAGGAAAAGCGGUCAGCGCAAGGAUACAAUCUCUCGUGUAUUAUGAUUUUACCGUCGCGGCAGCGCGAAGGAUAUGGUAAAUUGCUUAUUGAGUUUAGCUAUUUGCUGUCCAAGAAGGAGGGCGUGGCAGGGUCGCCGGAGAAGCCGUUGUCUGAUUUCGGACUGUUGAGUUAUCUGAGUUAUUGGAGGCGGGCGAUUUAUGAGGUUCUGGUGGAUGGGAGGCGGUGGGUUUCGGUUGAGGAUAUUAGUGCGGAAACAGGAUUGACGGUGGAUGACGUGGUUAGUACGCUGCAGACGGAUGGGAUGCUGCAGCGAGUGCAUGGCGGCAGUGGGUAUCGUGUGGUGGUGGAUGGAGAGAAGAUCGACGAGUACUUGCGCAGAGCCAGGGUGAAGAACCCAAAGAGGGUGGAUCCGAAGAAGCUCAUGUGGGCGCCGUACCUG